AUGUCAGACAAACGUGACGUACUUAUUUCAAAGCAACUUUCGGGUAUACUUCGUCACAAGGCCACGGCCUUAAACAUAGCCAUUGAUUCCAAGGGAUACGUUCUUGUAGAUGACCUUCUCAAACAUGGAAGACUACGGUCAUUCAAAACAACGUUUGAAGACAUUGAACGCAUAGUUAAAGAAAAUGCCAAACAAAGAUUCACUAUGGAAAAGAGAGAUGGUGAUGGGUUAUACUACAUAUGUGCCAACCAAGGACACAGCAUCACCACUGUCGGCGACCAAGAACUUGAAUUCUUAACUCCAGAGACAUUCCCCAGUAAAGAAGUUUUCCACAAGACAACCUUCAAUACUCUAGAUGCCAUAUUUGCGAGCGGAGGCCUCAGUAAGAUGAAGAGAAACCAUAUCCAUUUCAAGGAAGCCGGGAAUAACAGUGUUGCUGGAGUAAAGGAAUAUUCAAAUACAGUGAUAUAUGUUGAUGUUCAAAAGGCUAUGUCUGAUGGGAUAGAAUUCUACAGAAGUAAGAAUGAUGUGAUCCUCAGUAAAGGGGUCGGUGAAACAGGUAUUUUGCCUACAGAAUAUUUCACCCGAAUCAUUGAUCUCAAACGAAACCAAGAGAUACCGUUUAGAAAUAGAAUCAAGUGA